CUCACCUCAUCUUCUUUCCGCUUCAAGUUGGCACGUGCCACACUUCCAUGUCACGUCUCUCUCACUGCGAUGUCGCCACCAGAUCACACUCGGCUACAUGGAGGCUUGCACUGCCAAACUUCUGUCCGUCCACUUCCAAGACUCCCAUUCCCACCGGGGUAAGAUGAAGUCUUUCCCUAUAAUACUCGUCCGCGAAUUCGACGGCCGAGAGACUAGCUACCGUGUCGCGGCCCGUCGAGCUCGCAACUACUGGGAACUUCUCGCGAAUGUACACAACAUCUUCGCCAAGCCGUGGGAUCGCUACAACGCACAUCUUCAUUUCGACGGUCACGCUUGCGACGACCGGAUGAGCCCGAGCGAAUGGGAUGCUGGAGGGUACUUCGAUCCCGAAUUCGUAGUGGACGGCAGACUGGUGUUAUAUGCACACUUCGAACAGGUGGAACCACCACCUGGAUUUACCACGGACACACGCGGACGUUUUGAGACGGAAGAAGAGGAUAAAUUAUGGUAUCAGGGAACAUUUGGCGAUCAGGGUCUUCGAAAAAAGAGAAAGUUCACGGAAGACAUCGAAGAUUACCUCGGAGAAUCGAAGCAAGAUUCGUCUACGCCCUUUUCAAGAGGAUUGCCACACAACCCUUUCGUUACUGAACCAACCCUAAAGUCAACCUACAUUCUCAAGAGUGCACUCGUCCUGCCGGUUGCUGCUAAUGAGGUCGUUACCGUAGACGACUCGAGCAGCAGCAGUCAUCUAGAGAAUGGCGUCGUGAUUGGACGUGCCCUCCCAGAGAGCUGUCUUGAUCCUAAUGUUCGCCCAGUCGUCCGCGCCAUGAUUAGCAAAGUUGGCGCUGUAGUAGCUUACAUCCCUGGGAAAUACUCAAAACGGAGCACAAUCAAAGGAGAUAUACAGAUCGCGACGACACAUGUGGAAUACACACCCGAGCUCGCAAAGUAUCCCUUCGGCGAAGAAAGAACGCAAGCCAUAAAAACCAUGAUCGAGGAGCGUAAUGUACCUAGAAACACGAACACCCCUCAGGGUCCCCGCCUCUCUACUGUCAGUCCAUCACUACCAAAUGUCUCUGAAGCUAUCACACCCGAGGUACCGAUCGUCAUUAUGGAUGACACGAAGCACCAAGGCCUGCGAAAAGAAGGCGUCGUUAUUGGGCAUGCUAAGGAACACUGGUGUCUUAUACCGCACAAACGUCCUGCUGUUCGUGCAAUGCUGAGCAAGAAGAACGUUAUCAUUGCGUACGUUCCCGCCCGACAUACCAAACAUACGAGAGGGCAUGGUGAAAUACAGAUCCCAUUGAAGGAUGUGAACUUCUCUGAGCCGCUCGUAGCGUUGCCGCCGUGGAAGAUCUCUGACGCGAUCAGAGCAAUGAUCAGGACGAAGAGGGAGACAAACGAGAAGCCUGCGGUGUAUGGGUCAGCUGGUCAUACAGGAGGCAAAGUGAAAAAGAGGAGAGCAAAGCAGACCGUGAAAUCCCUUGAGUAUGUGGAAGACGAGGACGAGGAGGGAUCUCUUUCGGAUUCUACAGACGUUCCUGAAGGCGGUGCUCAACACUGAGCGAGAUCAGCUUGAGCCUGUAUGGGCGUUUGGUAUAUACAAAAGCAGGUCUUUCAUUGCUAGGUACACAAUCAAGUCACAGGAUUCUGAUGUCAUCACACCACUCUCUUUCCCG